AUGGCGAGGAGCACUUCUGGCCUCUCCGUCAACUCCCUGAGCGCGCAGCCUGUCAUUCCCUUGGGACAGACUACAGUUUUGACAUCAGACGAACUUGAUCGUAUACGGAAGACUCUAUUGCAUACAGAUGCUAAAACUCAAGGGCAAAAUUUGCAGUCUGAGGAUGAUCGACUUCGUGACAAACUCCGAGACAUGUCACGAACACGCAUGGAAGGAUGGAACAAUACCUUGGAAGCAAGGCGUAGACAAAAGGAAGCAGAAAGAAUGGCAAAAUCUGAAGAAUAUGAACAGAAGCGCAGGAUUCAAGAUCGGGAAGAAGCUGAAUUUCAGGCAGCUGAAAGGAAGAAAUGCAUCCAGAGGGCAACAGCUCUGUUAUAUGAAAACACCGAGCGCGUGAAGACUUUUGGCAGCAAGCUCUACUUAAGCGAUGUCAUGAAAGAGCGUGAGCUGCAGAUUGAAAUCAAGAGCAAGAUUAAGGAACGAAAAAUUGCCGAGGAAAAACUGUGGCAUGAAAGAACCAUUGAAGCUGUCAAAAUUGGUGAUGAGGAAGAGGAGAAGAAGAAGAAGGAAGCGCUCGACCGUGCAUUGCAUGCAAAGCAAGUCCAAUUAGACCAGCUCGAAGACUUCCGUGUAAGAUAUGUCUCUCAAAAGUUAGAGGAACGCCGGGAAGGAGAACUGAUCAAGCAGAGAGUUGAAGCUCACAUCUUGGAAGAAAAGCAGAAGGAGCAGGAACGAAGAAAGCUUGAAGCAGAACGAGCAAAGAAGACGAUGCUUGAUAAUCAACGGCUUCGGGAAGAAAAGAAGAUUUCUGACCAAAAGGCACAAGAGGAGGAAGAGCGAAGAAUUCAAUACUUUGCUGAUGAGAAAGAGCGCAAGACGCGAAUGAGAGAAGAACGAGAAGCUGAGAUCAUGGCUCAGAAGCAAGGAAUUCGUCAGCGCAUGAUUGAUCGACAAGUUGCCUAUCUGCAAUCAUUGAGGAAAAAUGAGAAUGAGCGCAUAGCAGGACAGGUUCGUGAGGCAGAAGCCAAGCGGGAUGCGGAAUUGAGCGCCAAGAAUGAGAAGUUGAGGAGAGAGUUGGAAGAGAUGCGGGCGUUGAACACCGCACAACUCCAGAAGAAAGCGGAGCAAAAGAGGCUCGACAGGGAGCAAGGAGAAAUCGAUGCCAAGAAAUUCGAAGCCGAGUACGAGGCUGGACUCGCUGCAGACAGAGCUGCGGAGGCACGCAGACGAGCGAAGAGAAUUGAACUCAAGAAUUACCAUGUCAAACAGGCGAAAGCAAAGACUUUAUUCCUUCAACGUGAGAAGGAUGAGGAAUUGAGCGAACAAGAACUUGUCAAGCAGAAACUCAAAGAGGAAGAUCUCCUGUUUGAAAGGUACUCUCAAGCUCUCGUGGAGCAGUACAAGGCAGAAGGCAAGAAUAUCAAGCCUCUGCUGCUUGAAUUAGCAAAGAUGAAGUCUGAGGGUAGAUAAAGCAACAUUUCAAUUUGAGAACAAUGAAUCAUGAAAAAUC